AUGGGCUGCGGCGGGAGCCGGGCGGAUGCCAUCGAGCCCCGCUACUACGAGAGCUGGACUCGCGAGACGGAGUCCACAUGGCUCACCUACACCGACUCGGACGCGUCGCCCAGCAACGCCACCCCGGACAGCGGCCCCGAGGCGGGCGGCCUGCACGCAGGUGGGCUGGAAGAUGGCAUGUCCUCCAACAGUGUGCCCCGAUCGACAGCCCCAAGUGGAAUAUCCAACCCAGAGAAGAAGAUGAGCUGUGGGACCCAGUGCCCAAAUCCCCAGGGCCUCAGCUCAGGCCCCUUGACCCAGAAACAGAAUGGCCUCCGGACCACAGAGGCUAAAAGAGACACUAAGCGGACGUCUGGAAAAGAAGUCACCAGUAACGUCGCAGACAGCAUCCGACAGGUGGACAGAAGUCGAAGAAUCACAAAGAACUGCGUCAACUAGCAGAGUGUUCAGCCAGUUGAAGGGCAGAGGGACUUCUCUGGUGCCCUUCACAUCCUGGACCCCAUCACGGAACCUUGAAGACGUGGGUAGCCCUUGCCGUGUGGGAACGCUGCUGAGUGCCUCGGGAGACUGUCUUAGCCUGUUGGGACGUUCUCAGCCUCCUAUUUAUCUCGUAAAUGCAUUGGCAGAGUACUCCCACAGGGUAAUAAACUGCAAAUGUAUGUUCAGUUUGCCCCUUGCAACUGCUGCAGUGUGGUCUGAUGGAAAAGUGGCGAGCAAAAGCACAGGCCAGUUUAGGAAACAGAAAAGUAGAAGGGGUAGGUUCCUGGCUGAAAGAGGCACAGUCGGUUCUGAGCUCUCCUGGCCAUGGUCGUGCGCACUGUUUCAGGCAAGCUUAUUCUUUCAUUCUUCCUUUUUGAAAUACCACCAUCUCAAAACUUACUGUGUUCACUUAAACGUUGGCUUUCACCCAACUCUAAACCCACAUGUAUGAGGAAUCAAGAAACAGGAAAACUCUCUGUUACCCUUGUUUCCUUAGCUCAGGAUGAGGUGGAUUCAGAUCCAAUUUUACACAAACUAACCCCACCAACACCCAUGGUAUGUCCCAGGGAGGGCCUCUGUGAUACAGUCACACCCAUUUCUCUCUCAUCUGCUUUCAGCAUCCUUCCGGGCCAGGGUCCACGUCAGCCUCUGAACCAUAGUAUCAUGGUAGUGGUCACCUCGGAGCCCUCAGGGUUCAGCAGACAUUGCAUUUUUCCAGCUUUCCACUUCCCUUUGCUUGUGUUCUUGAGUGUUUUUUCUCUCCAAUAAGGCCAUUUGCAGUUGUUAAUCAAAGACCAGGCUCACAAGAGGGAGAAAAUCUGGAAGAUGUUGGCUUCCCUUUGGCCUCUCUGCACAGCCUGGGACUGUGUCAUUUGGUAUCUGCAAAGGAAUUGCUUUAAGAUGUCAGUAACUAGUUGGUGUGCGUUCACAUGGACAUUAGAUCCACAUGCACUGUGUUAGAAAUCUGUAGCUGAGGCAGUAAAAAAAACAAAAUUGGUAGGAAUAAAAUUUUCUAGCAUUUCUUUAAACAUGUUAAGGUGGAAGUAUUUUCCUCCGAAGUAAUGUAGCAUGAUUUUUAAAGGACUGUCAACAUGCCUGGAAUUAGGAAAGGUAGGACUAAAGUUGUACCGAAUGAUACCAAUAAACUCCAUGUUUAGCAGAAAUAGGUAGUCUGAUGGUGUGUAUUUAUCUAUCAUAGUCCAGAGAAGGUUAAAAAUUCAGAUACUU